AUGCCGUUGUUGGAACGUGUUUCAAGAGCUAUAGAUCAGCAUGGUUUGAUCCCCAAACUGGUGAGGCAGCUGCCACGUUUCACCAUGUUGCUGGCGAUUCUGGGUGUCUCAUGGUUGUUCGUGUUGCCCCUCCAUGGCCAAUACAGAAUCACAUAUAUAUCCGAAAACGCGUUGAUGCCGUCUCAGGCAUACUCUUUUUUCAGAGAAAGCGAAUGGAACAUAGUGAGGGGCUACAGGGAGGAGGUUGUACGCGCCUUUGAGGAGCAGGAUAUGACUGGAAAAAACGAAUUGAUGACUACGUGGUUAGACAACAUAGGCUACAAGGUGGCCACUCACGAAAUAAAUAGCAACGAAUCUGUUGUGUAUGGAAUUUUCCAUGCUCCUAGAGGUGAUGAUACUGAGGCCAUGGUGCUGGUUGCUCCGUGGUUUACGUUUGAUGGUGAACAGAACGCCGGUGGUGUGGCUCUGACCAUAGCCUUGGCUCGGUACUUUUACCGCAUGUCCAUUUGGUCCAAAAACAUCAUUGUCGUUUUCCCUAAAAACGGCCAAUUGUCGUUGAGGUCAUGGGUAGAGGCUUACCAUACUUCUCUGGACAAGACGGCUGGAAGCAUAGAAUCUGCUGUUGUGCUGGAAUACCCUUCCGACGCGGACCAUCUCGAUUACAUUGAGUUGAACUACGCCGGUGUGAAUGGCCAAUUGCCAAACCUGGACUUGGUGAAUUGUGCUGUGUUCAUAAGUGAGCACGAAGGUUUCAAAGUCUCUUUGCAACAGACCCCAAAGGGCCAGCUAUGGGCAAGGGACUAUGGAUCUCGACUUACUGUCCUGUUGAAAAGCAUUUUUGAGCUGUCCAUGACGGGUUUGCUUAAAGGUGGAGGGAACGGAUGUGAGGCCUUCAGUGGCUGGAAUAUUCAGGCAAUCUCUCUGAGAGCCAAGAAAGGUGCAGACUCACACGACAUCACCACCUUUGGUAGAGUGGUCGAAGCGAUCUUCAGAUCCGUCAACAAUCUCCUGGAGAAGUUCCACCAAUCCUUCUUUUUUUACCUGAUGCUUGCUCCUAGAAAUUUUGUUUCGAUAGGUACCUAUCUGCCGUCUGCUGUGUUGAUCUCGGUUGGUUAUGCUCUGGCGUCGCUUUCUGCGAUUUUAACCAACAACAACAGAAACAACGAUCUCUCACAGACACUGAGACUGAGGUCUCCAAAUAUUGACCCAAUACCGCUGUGUGUUGGGUUUGCCAUAUUCUUCCUGAUCUUCACGAUUUCGACAAUCUUCGGCGUGAGCAUGAUGUACGUGGCUGAGAGAUACCCAUACGAUAACGAUAAUGUUGAUGGUUACAGAAAGCUGACUUUCACUGUCAUCUUCUCGGGGGUGUUCUUUUCAUUCUACGCUUCAUUGGCACCCAGUUUGAGUCUGUCGAAGGAGACUGAUGAUCACAAAAAGUUCAAAGCACAGGUGGUCAGGACCUUGAAUGCGUUGGCUCUAUUUUUCUUGACUGUAGUGUUGAUCGGGCUUCUGGUGGUUCAUUUUGCACUCAGUUUCACCAUUGGGGUGUGUGCUUUGCCGUUGGCAUUCAUUAGCUAUGGCCCUCAAAGCUCACAGAGCAGAGCAAAGUUGAUCAACUCAGCCCUACUGCUGAUAUCGUGUCCUUGGUCCACCAUCCUUGCUGCGGGUGUUUUGUCAUCUGUCGGAUUCGAUCUCGACAUGGUACGCAACAUAGCCCAAAAUUUUCAUCUUGGAACCGCGCGAGAGAUUGUGAGCGCAUUGCACUUUCCCUCCAGUCUGGAUUAUGCCGAAUGGCAAUACCUUCUGGAUGGGCCCACCGAAAUCUUCGUCGGACUAAUUUCUGCUUAUAAACACUUCCAGAGCUGGACUUGGCUGGCAAUUUGCUACGGCUGGUUCACCACAUGGUUGUGUCUAUGGGCGAUUUCGAUAUCGGAUGUCACCUAUGGUGAAGAGAUAACGGAACUUGAGGCGAAGCCUGCUAAAUGA